AUGGUUGUCAAUCGCCCCCCAUUACACCGUCCAACCGACGGCCGCUCGCAACAGCCCCUCCUCAAAGAUGACCGUCCUCGCUCCCGCCCGCGCUCGAGCUUCGGUAAUUAUGACACAGAAGGCCAGCCCAUGCUGCAUGAAUCACGAAGGCCGACAAUUCGGAGUAAAAGUCCGGAACGCGACGCUGCCCUGGCAACCCGCAAGAAAUAUAUGGUUGCAUCGGGGUUCCUGGUGCUGAGUCUGAUUAGCUUCGUGGUCCAAACGGAGACCGCUUCAUACAUUCAAAAUGAGUUGCAUUGGAAGAAGCCGUAUUGCAUGCUCUAUAUGACCCACGGAUCGUGGUCCUUGCUCUGGCUGGUCCAGCUGGGUAUCCUUCGGAUACAGAAACGGAAGCUCACGUGGGAUGUUUUCUGGCGGCGCCAUGUCUUUUUCCUUCGUACCACUGCGCAGAUGGUAGAAUCGCAGGAAGUACAUCUGAGUACUCGCGCGUCCAAUCAAUCGCCGGUCCGCUAUAUGCUGAAGACCACCGCCUUUGUGACUACUGCUCUCACCGUCGCUGGAGGAUCAUGGUACGUGGCAGUCAACAUGACCACUCCCAGCGACCUUACGGCGAUCUAUAACUGCUCGGCGUUCUUCGCAUAUGCCUUUUCGAUUCCGCUAUUGAAGGAGAAACUCCGAAUUGACAAGGUCUUUUCCGUGGCCGUGGCUACCAUCGGCGUCAUGGUCGUUGCCUAUGGGGAUGGGCCUCAUAAGAAGGUCCCGAAAGGAGGCACAGAUGGCAACGGGGGACAGAACCGAUUGGUCGGAAACAUUGUUAUCGGCGUUGGAAGUAUUCUCUAUGGCCUUUACGAGGUUCUCUAUAAACGCUUUGCCUGUCCUCCGGAAGGUACCAGCUCUGGCCGGGGUACGAUCUUUGCCAAUACUUUUGGCAGUCUAAUAGGGGCUUUCACCCUGUUGGUACUAUGGAUCCCAUUACCAUUUCUGCACUGGACAGGAUGGGAGACAUUUGAAUGGCCGACUGGCGAAGCAGCAUGGAUGCUGCUCAUUUCCGUGGGUGCCAAUGCUACGUUCUCGGGCUCUUUCCUUGUGCUCAUCUCCCUCACAUCGCCCGUCCUAUCCUCAGUCGCCGCGCUCCUUACUAUUUUCCUCGUCGCUCUGGUGGACUGGUUCCGAACUGGGAACUCACUUUCUCUAGCCUCGAUUAUUGGAGGCGUCUUGAUUACGGUGGCAUUUUUCAUGCUGAGCAUCAGCACGUAUAGAGAGAUGAAUGAGGAGCGGAAGAAGCAUCUAGAGAACGAUGAGAUCGAGUCUGACAGUGAUGCAUAG